AUGAGUGAGUUUAAAGUACAUCACCAUGUCAGUGAGCUGAUGAACUUAUUGGGGUACUAUUACUGGGAAUUUGAGGAUAUUAAUAACAAUAUUUUUUUCGUUGACAGUGUUCGUUCAACAGAUACAAUAGGAGCUGAAGAUUAUACAGAAAUGUUAUUAAAGAAUACAACACCAUAUGUCACUACACAAGUAUCUGCUCAUCAAGCUAAAAGAAAGAUUGCAGAAUCGUCCAAAACACCAAUAGAAUUUCUGGCAAAAUAUGAUGAACUGAAAGGCAAGAAUGUUCGUGACUUGGAUUCUUUGGUAUUUUUACUGUCAAAAUUAGUGGAUGAACCAAAGAAUGCUAGAGAUAGAGCAAAGGAAGCAGGAUUGACCUUGACCUCUCAUGAUAAGAUAACUGGUCAGUUACCAUCACCUGGUACCAAGAUGACACCACAAGAAGUAUCAGAGAUUAAAGAUAUAUUAAUGAAAGAAGCUCAUUCCUUACCAGCAGCUACAUCUUCAGAGUUUCUACGUAAAGCUUUGAGAGAAAAACAGUUGAAACGAAAUGUCAAUAUACCAAUGCAACCAGAAUGGUUAUUUCAAAGACCAGCUUUAACAUUAGAUUUUAUGGUAGGAGUUGAUGGCCCAACAGACCAGAAUAUAGUACCAUUAGGUACAUUAACAUUAUUUCAACAAGAACAUGCUAUUAUAGAUGAUAUACUAUGUUGUAUGCAGGGAAUUGAAGGGAAAUAUAUAUUAGCCAGGGCAUUAACAGAAAGAUAUGCCUCUAAAGAAUUUAUGAUUGAUCAGAGUUUAGAUCCAUCUUUACAAGAAUUAGUUAAAAGAAUAUUACCUUUGUGUUCUAAUUAUUCUACUGUAGUUAGAUUUAUUGAAGAAAAGUCAGCAUUUGAAUAUGGAUUAGUUAACCAUGCUUUAUCCGCUGCUAUGAGAUCAUUGAUCAAGGAUUAUAUGGUUUUAGUGGCUCAACUUGAACACCAAUAUAGAACUGGAAAUCUAACUUUACAGAAGAUAUGGUUUUAUUUACAACCUACUAUGAGAACCUUAGAAAUAUUGUCAUCAGUUUCUAAUAGCGUCAAUAGAGGAGAAUGUAUUGGGGGAGCUGUAUUAAGUUUAUUACAUGAAAAAACUUGUAGUUUAAUAGGUGAUGUUAAAAGUCAAGAGCUAUGUUUAUAUCUAACUCAAUCUGCAUGUGUUCCAUAUUUUGAAAUAUUAGAAAAAUGGAUUUAUAAAGGAAUUAUCAGAGAUCCGUAUUCAGAGUUUUUGGUAGAAGAAAAUGAGACUAUACAGAAAGAAAAAUUACAAGAAGAUUACAAUGAUGCAUAUCCUUUAACAUUAAUUCAGAUGUCUCACUAUACAAUAUGUCGUGAGAGAAUACCAGUAUUUCUAGAAAUAAUGGCUGAUAAAAUAUUAAAUACAGGAAAAUAUCUUAAUGUUGUAAGGCUGUGUGGUCGUGAUGUAAAAUGUCCCCAUGCUGGUGAAGUACUAUAUACAUUGAAAGAUAAGAAAUAUUUUGAACAGAUAGAGAAAGCCUAUAACUAUGCUAGUAGAUUGUUAUUAGAUUUAUUGAUAGAAGAGAAGGAAUUGAUAGCUAGAUUAAGGUCUAUCAAACAUUAUUUCCUAUUAGAUAAAGGUGAUUUUGUGGUACAGUUUAUGGAUAUGACCGAUGAUGAAAUGAAAAAAGACAUUGACAAUAUCCUUUUUUGGGCUUUUUGGUUAUCACAUAUAAUGCCUACUAGAUUAGAAACAUUAUUAGAACUAGCUCUACGUACCAGUACAGCUAAUGUUGAUCCUUAUAAAGAUGAUCUCAAAGUAGAAUUGUUACCAUUUGAUUUAAUAACUCAGUUGUUUAAGAUAUUAACCAUUGAUACUAAGAUGGAAAAAGGUAAGCUUGAAAAAAACAUAAUAGAUCCUACAGACCUACAUUUAUCUGGGCUAGAAUCAUUUAGUUUUGAUUAUUUAGUCAAGUGGCCAUUGUCUCUUAUCUUGAAUAGAAAGGCAUUAACAAGAUAUCAGAUGUUAUUUAGACAUUUGUUUUAUUGUAAACAUGUAGAACGACAACUUUGUAGUGUAUGGAUAGGAUACAAAUCAGCUAAAAUGUACACACUUCAAUCUGCUAGAUGGUAUUCAUCAGGAUUUGCUCUACGCCAACGCAUGCUGAAUUUUGUCCAGAAUUUUGAAUACUACAUGAUGUUUGAAGUUAUAGAACCUAAUUGGCAUGUCUUCAUGGGAAAUAUGGAAACAGUCUCUAAUGUUGAUGAUGUAUUAAAUUAUCAUACAGAUUUCCUCAAUAAUUGUUUAAAAGACUGUAUGUUAACUAAUCCUGACUUGUUAAAAAUAGUUCAUAAAUUAAUGAUGGUUUGUGUCUCAUUCUCCAACUAUCUUCAGAGAUUAAAUGAAAGUACAUCAGUAGAAUUAGAAGUCAAUAAAUUAACAUCACAGAAUACAUUACAAGCUGCUGCUUCAGCUAAAGACAGAAAAGCUGAUACAGAGAAAAUUAAAUUGACUACUAAGGUUGUAUCAGAGCAUAUAGACCAAGUUGUAGCCAGUGAGAAUUUUGAGAGAACUAUAGCUAAUUUUGAUAGUAAUUUUAGUAAAUUAUUGUUAGAAUUAUUAGAUAAAAUAAUGGAUUUUAGUAGUACUAAUUAUGGUCACAAACUCUUCAACAUUCUCUACAGAUUAGAUUUUAAUGGAUUCUAUACUGAGAAAUUAGAAGCUGUAUCUGGUGAGAAAGAGAAAUCUAAAUUUGAUACAUCAGUUAGUUCUGAUAGUAGUAAGUAUAAUAGUUGA